GCCAUCUACAGAGACCAGAGGAAGAGCAGGGGCGCCAUGCCGAACUUCGUCGCCCUGACCUCGAAGCAGGAGAACCAGGGGGUGGACAACCCGGACGACUUCCACGAGAGGCUCCAGGAGAGACGAAUGGAGGAGAAGGCCAAGCGCGUCGCCGAGGGCGGCCGGGCCGGGGGCUUCAACGAGCGUCAG